UAAUUUUGUCGAAAUACAUUGAUGUGGAAAGGAGUAUUACCGUAUUACAAAUAUUAAAGAAUUUUUUGAUUUUUUUUUCGGGCACUUAUGUUUUGAAUACGAAUCUAUUUAUCGUUACAAUUUUUCAACGCAUAAACAACUUUUAAAUUAAACAAUCUCGUUAGCUACGAUCAUUGGAACCAAAAGAGAUUCAAAAGUAUUGUUCUAGAUGUGGUAUGAAGUCUGAAUAUUAUUCCUCCAAAUUACCCAAUAUUCUAACUUUGUAGAUCAAACUACUGCAAGUUUGUAUAAACAUAAUAAUUUUUGUAGCAGGCUUUUACCUAUAAAUAAAAAUAAAAAAUAAAUCAGUUCUCGAAAGUUUUCUCCUAUUGAUAAAAAGUUUUUGCCUUGAUUUGCUUGCAUCACAUCCUGUAUAAAACGAAAGAUGGAAAGAUUUAAUUUUAUCGAGAACUAUGUUCUUAAAACCUUAAGAAUCAAGCAAGAAAAAUGGUCAAAAAUGAUUACCACGGAUAUUUAUAAGGAAGUAAUCAUGAGAUUUUUAGAUGAACCAUAUGAAGAAAGACUUAUAUUUUCAUUAAAUGCUGCCUCACUUCCAAUUCCUUCCUAUGAUUUCCCUUCAAAACCUAGAAGUAAAAUAGUGUUCUUCGUACGUCAAAGCUUACCAUCAAAGUUGACGGAAGAAAAUAUAAGACAUACUCUUCUUUAUGGAGAUUUGUUACCAAACGUCCUUGAGAAUUUAGUAAUUUUAUUUGAUGACAUUAUUUUUCCACUGCUCAACAAUCCAGCUAACCAAGUUGGAUGGACUUCUGUUAUGGUGAACGAUAUGAAAACGGGGAGCCAAGACCUAAGAAAUUGUAUAGCUCAAAUGAAAGGACAAAUGAUCAAUAGAAUAAUAUUACCAUUGCCAAUUUGUAUUGAAGAAGUUAUGGAAAUGGUCCCGAUUAUAGCUAGAGGUGAUUGCACAAAAUUCACUAGUCUUAUGAAGCACUCCAUCGAAGGAAUGAUUGUCAAAUGGAUUGAUUCUAUAAAUGACUUUAUUGGUAUAUCUGCAAGAGAAUACAUUUUCAAAAAAGAAAUGUAUCCCCGCCCUGAACACCUAAUUAACUUCUGGUCAGCUCGAUUGGAAAAUUUGGAAUACCUGGUUGACCAAUUAGGUGACAUUCGAAUCAAAACAAUAGGGUAUCUUCUGGAAAAAAUAAACUCGGUAUUCGAAACAUCGUUCAGAUCUCUAGUUGAAAAGAUGAUGAAGGCUCUUAUUGAAGCACGUGAUAUUAAAUUAUAUUUAACGACAAUGAAAAAAUUGGUUGACAACUUCGAAACGAAUGAUUUGAACGAAACUGCUAAAGAUAUAAGACAACUUUUGCUCAUUAUUGGGUUAAUUUGGGCCCAUUCUAAAUACUUUCACACUGUUGAUAAUAUGUCGCUCUUAUUCAUCAUGGUCCACAAUACUCUAAUUGAUUGCGCUACCAGAACUAUAGAACCCGAUUCCAUAUUUCAAGGUGAUGUUGAUGAGGCCCACAACAGAGUUAAUUCAGUGAUUAGCUAUUUAGAGUAUUACAGAAAAAUCUAUUACGAGUGCCGAUUCGAUUUACUGAAAUUCAAGCAAAAUGCUGAAUUUAAUUCACAAGAUUGGACUUGGCAGCUUGAGAUUAUUUUUUCAAGAUUUGAUGCAUUCAUCGAAAGGCUCCAUAAGCUGAAUGAAAUUUUUGUAACUGGAAUUAGCUUUAACAAAUUAGAAAAAAUAGUGAUGGGUGGCGUUAGGGGUCGUACCAACACCCAUUCCAUUGGUAUAAUUUUGGAAGACUAUAACAACACUUAUCGAGGAUGGUCCAACAUAACAUUCAAUGCACUUGAAAUAGAUCCAAACAAUAUAGAUUUUCUGAAGGAAAAAGAAAAAUUUGACAACCGGGUGGAGAUUUUAGAGAGAAGAUUGGCUUUUGUAUUUGAGCAAAAUUUCAUGGACUGUCGUGAACUUAAAAUUUGUGGAAGCUUAUUAACUCGCCCAAUAGUAAAACAACAAUUAGAACCCCAAUUUGUUGCCUUUGUUAAAGAUUUUAAUAAUGAGCUAAAUGCUGUUGCAAGUGAUUUUGCAAAGUUUGCUAAAACUUAUAUGUCGUCUGGAAUUGAGACUCUAUCUUCUGGCAGCUACUUUCCUAAGAUGUCGGGUGCAAUUGCUUUCCUCACUAGGCUCAGUAGCCGGGUUACAUUAAUUCACACGGACUUCAGAUUUUAUGAUGUGCAGUUCUUUCAAAAUGAAUUCGGCAUUGAAACUCUCUCAAGAUAUGACCAGAUUCUCAAAUAUAUUGACAAACUUGAAGAUGAAAUCGUAGGAGAAUGGGAAAAAGAUGUUUUAAACAUUAUUUAUGAUAAAAUGAAUCAGCCACUUUUGCGAAAUGAAGAAACAAAGAAAAAUGCUGACAAAACUAAAAUUUGUGUCAACUAUGAUAUCGAGCUUCUAGCAACCAUCAAAAACACCAAAACUUUAUUACUUCUUGAAUUUGAUAUCUCUGAGCCUAUUCUUGAAUUCUACAACAAGGACAAUAAACUUUGGGAAGCUAGAGUGAAAUUAAUGCGAAUUGUUGAGUGGUACAAUGAUAUCAACGAUAGAGCCAACUCUUACGAAUUAAACUUGCUUCGUUUGGAAAUGGCAGAAAUCGAUGAACGUUUGGUUCCUCUUUUAACCACGUAUCUAUGGAAUCAGUUUGAUAUUGAAUAUAUAACUGGGGUGUUCGCGACCAUUGAGAGGCUACACACGCGUCUCAAGCAAAGUCAAAAUAAUAUCGAUGCAAUCAAGCGAAGUAUCCAGUCGUGGGGAAAAAUCCCACUCUUUCAAAGAAAAGAUAAGAACCCAAAAGCCCUACUCGAUUUCAAGGACAGGGAAUCCAUUAUUCAGCGUCGCCAAGAAUUUGCAAAUGACACGAUGAGACUCAUAGAAAAACUUAUGGUGAUAAAUUUGAAAUUAUUUUUUGAUUUGCCGACUGAUGCUUCAGAAGAGUCAGUGGAGCUGGAAGACGAUUCACUUAACCAGUUAAAAAUUACAACUACUGAACCGACCCAAGUCGGACAGGAAACAGAACUUGAAGCAACGCCAAUGCAGGGAUUGCUGCCCGAUAAAAUGGUUUAUUCUGCACAGCACAGACUUGAGUUGCUUCAAAAGUUGCCACCCGAAAAAGCUACAUUAUUUCAUAACUACGAAAACUAUGUCGAUGAUAUAAUCGCUGAACAACUAUUGGAAGUAGUGGUUGUAAGUUUGACUUAUCUGCGGAUGGAGUUGGAAAACCGCUUUGAAAAUGAUGCUCCUAUAUUUGAAAUAUUAAUGGAGCUUCAGGAACCUAAUAUAGUUUUUUUUCCUAACAUUGAUACAAUACAAAGCCAUGGAUUUACCUACCUAAUAGAAUCCUUAAUUGGAGAUAUUUUUUCACAACUUGGAAUGCUUAGGCGAGUCUCUCCAAAUGUUACAAUUCCAGACGAGAUAAGCAACAAAUUGGAAAUCCAUAAAAUCCGUAAUGAUAUUUUGCUAAAAGUAAAGUAUGGGUUACAAGCCAUCCGGACCCAUGUCAAAAACUUUUCUGAUUAUAAUUUUAUCUGGGUCGAAAAUAGAGCAAAUUAUUUGCAAGAAAUUAAAACUUAUGGACGACCCUUAACUGCAGCCGAACGAGAUCCCGCUGAUGAAGAUGUCAAAACUGUCCCCCUUAAGGAGGAGUAUCCACCGUUGAGCGUUUACAAAGAGCAGUUGGAUAAAUUUAUAGCCCUCAGGGAUGAGGUGAACAAUUGGGAUAUUUUCCAGGAUUUCAAUGUAUGGUUAAGACUUAACAAAAAAGGGUUCAAAAAUAGUGUCCUCAAUGAAAUUGGCAAAUGGAUAAAUCUUUUUAAGUUCGAUUUAAUUGACAGGGUAGUCAAUUCAUUGCAGGAACUUGAAGAUUUUAUCCAAGAAGCAAAGAUUUGUUUAUCUUUGGAAUUGGAUAAAGAAGAUUUAGAUAGUCUUUUAAAGAUCAUGGCCUUCCUAAGUGCAAUUAAUGAAAAACAAUUUACCUACGACGACAUGUUUGAACCAAUCAAGGAAAUAGUAGAGCUUCUUAAAAUGUACAGUUAUGAAUUUCCGAGUAGUGUACUAACCCAGUUGGGAGAUUUGCCAGACUUGUGGCUCAAAACUAAACGAGAUGCUGUAAACGUGAAACAAACCAUUGCACCAGUUCAAUCCUACCAAGUUGGAUUGAUUGAGAAAAGAAUCACUUUAUUCAACAAUAUGUCCAACUUAUAUAGGAAAAGAUUUCUCGAUGGAGAACUUUUUCUUGUGUCAUGUAAAAAUCCUUAUAAUUUGAUUGACAAAACAAGCCUUGAACUAACUGAAAUUGAAAAAUUACAAGAACAUCUUAUCAGCUCGGCUGUUCUUUUCGAACUACAGGGACCUGAUUCCGCUAAAAUAAAACGUUGCAGAAGUGAUUUAGGUUUACUGAAGCAAAUGUGGGACUACUUCAUAAGUAUUGAAUCAACUAUUAGGGAUUGGAAAAAAACACCAUGGAAGAAAAUUGACAUAGAAUCAAUGGAUAUAGAAUGCAAAAAAAUUGGCAAGGAGUUACGAGGACUAGAUAAAGAAAUGAGGCUAUGGAAUCCCUAUGUUCAUAUGGAAAGUUCGUUGAAAAAUCUUAUGACUUCCCUGAGAGCUAUAACAGAAUUGCAGAAUCCUGCCAUCAAAGACCGCCAUUGGGCGGAACUUUUGCAAACAACUAAAGUUGAGUUCAAAAUGAAUGAAUCAACCACUCUUAAGGACUUGAUAGAUCUUAAUUUACACAAGUAUGAGGAAGAAGUUAAAAACGUUGUAGAAAAAUCCGUUAAAGAAAUGGCAAUGGAGAAGGUGUUGCAGGAUCUCCAAUCUGCUUGGGUUGAAAUGGAAUUUGGUACAGAAUCUCAUGACCGCACUGGACUUAAACUACUUAAGACUUCAGAAGAAAUGAUCGAAACCUUGGAAGAUCACCAAGUUCAACUCCAAAAUAUGCUUUCAUCGAAAUUUGUUGGGUAUUUUAUCAAACAAGUAACUGAAUGGCAGAAUAAACUAUCAAACGCCGACCAAGUUAUAUCAGCCUGGUUUGAGGUGCAACGUAAAUGGCAGUAUUUGGAAAGCAUAUUCAUCGGGUCUGAAGACAUAAGAAAUCAGCUACCUGAAGAUUCAAAAAGAUUCGAUUCUAUCGACAGAGAAUUUAAAGCUUUGCUUAGUCAAAUGGGCAAUGACCGAAAUGUGAUUAGAGCGACAAAUAGAAGUGGAGGCCGACUGUACGACACACUUGAAAAACUGUUGACACAGCUUUUAAAAUGCGAAAAAGCUUUGAACGAAUAUUUAGAGACUAAACGUCUUGCAUACCCCAGAUUUUACUUUGUUUCAUCUGCCGACUUACUAGAUAUCUUAUCUAAUGGAAACAAUCCAAAAAUGGUUAGUCGCCAUCUGACAAAGCUAUAUGAUUCUCUUGGCAGUCUGUCGCUCAUUGAGGGAACCAAACUUUCUAAGGGAAUGGUAGCUAAGGAAUUGGAGGAAUUUGUUCCAUUCACACAGAAAUGCGACUGUAGCGGAAAGGUAGAGGUUUGGCUGAAUCGUGUGACUGACGAGAUGCGGAAAACCCUUCAACAUCAUUUUCGUCAGGCAGUUAUUGCCUAUGAAAAAAAACCACGUCAUAUUUGGAUUUUUGAGUGGCCGGCGCAGCCAGCUUUAGUAACCACUCAAAUUUGGUGGACAACGGAAGCAGACGAUGCCUUUGUCAAAGUAAGCAUGCGAUAUGAAAACGCUAUAAAAGACUAUAACAGAAAACAAAUUAACCAAUUGAAUGCUCUCAUCAUACUUUUACUUGGUGACUUGACUCCUGGGGAAAGGCAAAAAAUUAUGACAGUUUGCACAAUUGAUGUUCAUAGCCGUGAUGUUAUUUCGAAAAUAAUCCACCAAAAAGUCGAUGUUGCCACUGCAUUCCAAUGGCAAAGUCAACUUCGCCACAGAUGGGACACUAAAUUGGACGAUUGUUUCGCUAACAUCUGCGAUGCUCAGUUUAAAUACGACUAUGAAUAUCUUGGAAACACUCCUCGAUUGGUUAUAACACCACUUACUGACCGUUGCUAUAUCACUCUCACCCAAUCUCUGCAUCUUAUAAUGGGAGGUGCUCCUGCUGGGCCCGCUGGAACUGGGAAAACCGAAACUACCAAAGAUCUAGGUCGCGCAUUGGGAAUGAUGGUAUACGUAUUUAACUGUUCCGAACAAAUGGAUUACAAAUCCUGUGGCAACAUUCACAAGGGAUUAGCUCAAACUGGAGCGUGGGGUUGCUUCGAUGAAUUCAAUAGAAUAUCGGUGGAAGUAUUGUCUGUCGUCGCUGUUCAGGUGAAAUGCAUACAAGAUGCAAUAAAGGCCAAAAAGACUGUGUUUAACUUCCUUGGUGAGAUUAUAGCACUAAGGUCAACGGUUGGAAUGUUUAUAACAAUGAAUCCAGGGUAUGCAGGUCGAGCUGAACUUCCAGAGAACUUAAAAGCACUGUAUCGUCCAUGUGCAAUGGUCGUACCUGACUUCGCCCUAAUCUGUGAAAUCAUGUUGGUCGCUGAGGGAUUUCAAGAAGCCCGCCUCUUAGCUCGAAAAUUUAUUACGUUAUAUACAUUGUGCAAAGAACUUUUAUCGAAACAGGAUCAUUACGAUUGGGGACUUAGAGCAAUAAAAUCUGUUCUCGUAGUCGCUGGAUCACUAAGGAGAGACGAUAGAUAUCGCCCAGAAGAUCAAGUUCUAAUGAGGGCUCUUCGUGAUUUUAAUACUCCUAAAAUAGUUACUGAUGAUGUUAGUAUAUUUAUAGGCCUAAUUGGAGAUCUUUUCCCGGCUUUAGAUGUGCCUCGAAAACGAAAUUUAGACUUUGAAGAAAUAAUCAAGAAAUCAGCUAUAGAUUUAUCUCUUCAACCCGAGGCUGGUUUUAUACUAAAAAUUGUUCAAUUGGAAGAACUGUUUGCUGUUCGUCACUCUGUGUUUAUUAUAGGAAACGCUGGCACUGGAAAAACCUCUGUUUGGAAAACUUUGUUCAAGACAUAUCAAAAUCAAAAAAGGAAACCACUUUUCAACGACCUUAAUCCUAAGGCAGUAACGAACGAUGAACUUUUUGGAAUUGUCAAUCCCGCAACUAGAGAAUGGAAAGAUGGUCUUUUCUCUAUCGUAAUGCGAGACCAAGCAAACACUCCUGGAAAUGGGCCUAAGUGGAUUGUACUCGAUGGUGAUAUUGAUCCUAUGUGGAUUGAAAGUUUGAACACAGUCAUGGAUGAUAAUAAAGUUCUAACGCUGGCGAGCAAUGAACGCAUUGCCCUAACAAAAGAAAUGCGCUUACUUUUUGAAAUUGCAAAUCUCAAAACAGCAACGCCAGCAACAGUAUCUCGAGCUGGAAUUCUUUACAUAAAUCCCCAAGACCUUGGGUGGAAUCCAUUUGUAGCAUCAUGGCUACAGGCACGUGGAAAUAAUACUGAAAAAUCCAUCUUAAUUAUUCUUUUCGAAAAAUAUGUCCCUCCACUACUUGAAGUACUAAAAACAAAACUUAAAUUAAUAACUCCAAUUUCUGACACAGCUAUGUUACAAAUGACCUGCUAUUUGCUUGAUUGUCUUCUUACGCCCCAAAAUGUACCAACAGAUUGUCCAAAGGAAUGGUAUGAAAUCUAUUUUGUAUUUUGCGUUAUCUGGGGGUUUGGUUCUAGCUUGUUUCAAGACCAAAUAAUUGACUGGCGCAACGAGUUUCACAAAUGGUGGGUUAACGAAUUCAAAACCAUAACCUUUCCUCAUGGAGGAAAUGUGUUCAGUUAUUAUGUUAACAAUGAAACAAAAAAAUUUACACCAUGGACAAAUCUUGUACCACACUUUGAAUUAGACACAGACAUUCCAUUGCAAUCAAAUUUGGUACACACUUCAGAGACUACCCGACUGAAGUAUUUCGCAGAUGUUCUCAUUACGGAGCACCACCCGAUAAUGUUCAUAGGUCCCCCGGGCUCUGGGAAAACUAUAAUAAUGGCAUCAAAACUGAAUUCACUACCUGAAAGCAAAUUUGCAGUAACAAACGUGCCGUUCAAUUUCUAUACUACUUCUGAGAUGUUGCAAAGGAUCCUAGAAAAACCUCUCGAGAAGAAAGCUGGUCGCAAUUUUGGGCCUGCAGGCAAUAAGAACAUGAUUUAUUUUAUUGACGAUAUGAAUAUGCCUGAGGUUGACAAAUAUGGAACAGUACAACCACAUACUUUGAUACGCCAAUUUAUGGACUAUCACCACUGGUAUGACAGAGCCAAAAUGUCGCUCAAGGAGAUCCAUAAUUGUCAAUUUGCCUCUUGUAUGAACCCCACAGCCGGUUCAUUUACCAUAAAUCCGAGAUUGCAACGUCAUUUUUGUUCAUUUGCCGUAAAUGCUCCUGGUGGAGAGGCAUUGUUCCACAUUUUGCAUUCAAUCCUCUCCCAGCAUAUGGAUGCUUCCCAGCAUAAGUUUUCCAAGGCAACUAAGGACAUGUGCGAACCCCUUAUUGGAACAGCAAUUGUAUUGCAUCAAAAAAUUUUACAAACUUUUCUCCCAACUGCCAUUAAAUUUCAUUACAAUUUUAAUUUGCGUGAUCUAGCAAACAUAUUUUCGGGUAUGUUAAAUGCAAACGCAGAAACAUGUCCAAAUCCAAAUAUGCUCCUUCGAUUAUGGGUCCAUGAAUGCAAUCGAGUGUAUAGUGAUAAACUGGUGGACCAAAGUGAUAUGAACACCUAUCAAAAACUAAUUGUAGAAAACGUACGAAAGGGUGUUGAAACUUACAAUGAAGAUGUUGUGUUUCAAAAACCGCACAUUUUCUUCCACUAUGCGAAAGGCUUAUCAGACAAUAAAUAUAUGCCUGUUAACGAUUGGGGACAACUUAAUAAGCUUUUGGAAGAAGCUCAAUCACGUUACAAUGACUUUGUUGGGGCCAUGAACCUUGUCCUUUUUGAAGAUGCAAUGAGUCAUAUAUGUCGAAUCAGCCGGAUAAUGGAAUUUUCAAGAGGAUACGCUCUACUGAUUGGAGUAGGUGGCUCAGGAAAACAGUCACUUACUCGAUUAGCCAGCUAUAUUUCUUCGUUGGAUGUCUUUCAAAUACAACUGACCAAAGAUUACAGUAUAAACGACCUUAGAUCCAACAUUGCAGUGCUUUACAUGAAAUGUGGAAUCAAAUCCAAUCCAUGUUGUUUUCUAAUGACGGACGCUGAAGUCGCAAAAGAAGACUUCCUUGUCCUAGUAAAUGAUUUACUUGCCUCAGGUGAUAUUCAUGAGCUUUUUUCCGAUGAAGAAGUAGAAAACAUAGUAGGAGCUAUCCGAAACGAAGUUAAGCAAGCAGGAAUUUUCGAUAGCAAAGAAAAUUGUUGGAAGUUUUUUAUUGAAAAAGUACGUGGACUACUCAAAGUUGUUUUGUGCUUCUCUCCUGUCGGCCCUACCCUCAGAGUACGUGCGAGGAAAUUCCCAGCUCUUGUCAAUAACACAACAAUCGAUUGGUUCCAUGAAUGGCCGAGAGAAGCACUAGAAAAUGUUGCUUACCGCUUUCUGUCUGAAAUCGAAUGCCUACCCUACCACUUGGCUUCUCCUGUAUCCAAGUUCAUGGCCUACGUUCAUAAAACGGUGAAUGAUAUAUCACAGCUCUACCUACUGAACGACAAAAGAUAUAACUACACAACCCCAAAAUCAUUCUUAGAGCUCAUAAAUUUAUACACAAAAUUGUUUGUGGAAAAAGUCAAAGUUAAUCAGGAGAGGACAGUUCGCCUAGAGAACGGACUGAUAAAAUUGGCAUCUUGUUCGCAAGAAGUUGAUGGCCUUCAGGACGUCCUCAAGGUGCAAGAAAUCGAAUUGGAAGUAAAAAAUAAAGAGGCAGAUAAUCUUAUCAUUGUUGUUAGUACAGAAAAUGAAAAUGUAUCCAAAGAAAGAGUAUUCGCCACACAAGAGGAAAAAAAGGUAAGAAAAAUUGAAGAAGAUGUAGGUGCAAAGGCUGCUCUUUGUGAGGAAGAUUUUCGAAAGGCUCAACCUGCUCUGCUAGCCGCCCAAGAAGCCCUUAAUACUCUCAAUAAAAACAAUCUUACCGAACUUAAAUCAUUUGGCUCUCCCCCUGAUGCUGUAGUUAGCGUGUGUGGAGCUGUAUUAGUCCUUUUUGCUUCUAAAGGUAAAAUACCAAAAGAUCGAAGCUGGAAGGCAGCUCGAGUGAUGAUGGGCAAUGUUGAUAAGUUUCUCAAUGAUUUGGUAAACUAUGACAAAAAACACAUCCAUCCGGAUGUAAUUAAGGCUCUGCAACCAUACAUUAAUGACCCAGAAUUUAAUCCGGAGAAAAUUGUUUCAAAGUCGCAAGCCGCUGCCGGUCUCUGUUCGUGGGUGAUAAACAUUAAUCGAUUUUACGAAGUAUAUUUGGUGGUGGAGCCAAAAGAACGAGCUUUGGUGGAAGCUGAACAAGAAUUGCAAGAUGCCAGAGAUAAGCUAACAGCCCUUAAUCAUCGCUUGAACGAACUCGAGGAGAAAUUGAACAUUCUGCAGGCUGACUUCGAAAGUGCUUUGGCAAAGAAACAAAAAUGCCAGGACGAAGCUGAUAAAACCGCAUUUACGAUUGACUUGGCAAAUAGAUUGAUUGGUGGACUUGCAUCCGAGAAAAUUCGAUGGACAGAGUCGGUCAAAAGCUUAAAUGCUUGCCAAAUUACCUUGCCUGGAGAUAUUUUGCUCAUAUCAUGUUUUAUUUCGUAUGUGGGGUGUUUUACGCGAAUUUACAGGGUGGAGUUGCAAACUAAAUUAUGGAUUCCUACCUUUAAGACAUCGGAGCCUCCUAUUCCGAUCUCCGAAGAGGGCGACCCUUUUGCUAUGAUUUGUGAUGAUGCUCAGAUAGCGGAAUGGAACAAUCAAGGCUUGCCCAGCGAUCGAAUGUCAGCUGAAAAUGCCGCGAUUUUGGUCCAUUCAGAGCGAUAUCCACUUAUGAUUGAUCCACAGCUGCAAGGCAUCAAAUGGGUCAAACAAAAGUACCAUAACAACCUAGUAGUUUUACGUUUAACCCAGCGAGGCUACCUAGAUGUUGUGGAACGUGCAGUGAGCAACGGAAAUGUUCUUUUGAUUGAAAAUAUCGGCGAGAGUAUUGAUGCAGUUCUGAAUCCAUUGCUCGGGCGUAUGCUCAUUAAAAAGGGAAAGUACCUUAAAAUGGGCGACAAGGAAAUCGAUUUCAAUGCUAAUUUUCGAUUAGUUUUGCAUACUAAAUUAGCAAAUCCUCACUAUAAACCGGAGAUUCAAGCACAAACAACUUUAAUUAAUUUUACUGUUACCCGCGAUGGCCUAGAGGAUCAACUACUAGCUGAAGUAGUGAAAGCUGAACGUCCAGAUCUCGAAGUAAUGCGUGCAAAUCUAACACAGCAGCAGAAUCAGUUUAAGAUAACCUUGAAGUUUUUAGAAGAUGAUUUACUCCAGCGACUGUCUUCUGCCGGCGAGAACGUCCUACAAGACGUAACUCUCGUUAUGAAUCUAGAAAAGACGAAGAAAACAGCUGAAGAAAUAGAAGUCAAGGUUGCUGAGGCUAAGAUAACGGCUGUACAAAUUGAUUCCGCUCGUGAGCACUACCGACCAGCUUCUCAAAGGGCGUCAAUUAUUUAUUUUAUUUUGAAUGAUCUGUGUAAGAUAAAUCCUAUUUAUCAAUUCUCUUUAAAAGCAUACACGGUGGUAUUCUCGAAUGCCAUUUCCAAAUCGAUUCCAGCGGAAAAAGUUAAAGAGCGAGUUGAAAACUUAAUAGAUUCAAUUACUUUUUAUAGUUUUGUUUAUGUUUCACGUGGGCUCUUCGAAGCUGACAAACUCAUAUUCUUGACUCAAGUCGCUAUACAGAUACUCCUUAGUUCUGGAGAAAUAGAAGCUACUGAAGUUGAUUUUCUUCUCCGGUUUCCUUACUCUCCAAAUGUUUCAUCCAAAAUUCAUUUUCUUUCUAAUGUUGCUUGGGGAGGUAUUAAGGCUCUCUCGAAUCUUGAAGCUUUUCGAGGACUCGAUAAGGACAUUGAAACAUCACAGAAAAGGUGGUUGAAAUUUAUAGAUGCAGAAUGUCCAGAGUCCGAAAAAUUUCCUGGAGAAUGGAAAAAUAAAUCUGCUAUCGAAAGGCUCUGCAUAAUGCGGUGUUUGCGGCCAGAUCGAAUGUCAAAUGCGAUAAAAGUUUUUAUUGAGGAGAAACUUGGCACGAAGUAUACUGAAAAUCGAAUGAUGGAAUUUUCAAAAACUUUUGAAGAAUCGAGUCCAGAAACUCACAUUUUUUUUGUCCUAUCCCCAGGAGUAGAUCCUCUUAAGGAUGUUGAAAAACUAGGCAAGAUACUUGGAUUCAAGUCUGACAACGAAAAUUUUCACAGCGUAUCACUGGGACAAGGGCAAGAAGUCGUAGCUGAGAACGCAAUGGAAAUUGCAUCUCAAAGUGGGCAUUGGGUCAUUCUGCAAAACAUUCACCUGGUAGCUCGGUGGCUACCUAGUCUUGAAAAGAAGAUAGAGAGUACUCUAAUUAAUGUUCACCAAGAUUAUAGGCUUUUUUUGAGUGCCGAGCCAGCUGCAGAUCCUGCAUAUCACAUACUGCCACAAGCCAUUCUUGAAUCAGCAAUUAAAAUAACCAACGAACCACCUACCGGAAUGCAAGCAAAUAUACAUAAGGCUUUGGAUAAUUUUAGCGAUGAAACACUGGAAAUGUGUUCCAAGGAAACUGAAUUUAAGGCAAUUCUAUUUUCGUUAUGUUAUUUUCAUGCCGUUGUAGCAGAGCGACGAAAAUUCGGGCCUCAGGGAUGGAAUAGAGUGUAUCCAUUUAAUGUUGGUGACUUGACAAUAUGUGUCUAUGUGUUAUAUAACUAUCUAGAAGCAAACAGUAGAGUUCCAUGGGAAGAUUUACGAUACCUCUUUGGAGAAAUUAUGUAUGGAGGUCAUAUUACAGACGACUGGGACCGUAGACUUUGUCGAACAUAUCUGGAAGAGUUUAUGCAGCAGGAAUUAGUUGAUGGUGAGUUAGAGUAUUGUGAGGGCUUUCCCGCACCUGGAAUACUGCGAUACAGCGGGUAUCAUGAGUACAUCGACGAAAAUCUUCCCGUUGAGAGCCCUACUUUGUAUGGAUUGCACUUAAAUGCUGAAAUUGGCUUCCUAACCACCGUAUCUGAACGUCUAUUCCGCAUAGUAUUUGAGCUACAACCACGCAUGCCUGUUGGUACGGGGUCCUCAGGAGGGGCGGAGCAGUCUGAGGACGAUAUUGUGAAGGCAACUCUAGAAGAUCUACUCGAUAAAAUACCUCAGCAGUUCAAUGUAUAUGAGUUAAUGGCAAGGGUUGAAGACAAAAACCCAUUUAUAAUUGUAGCCUUCCAGGAAUGUGAACGGAUGAACAUUCUUAUGCGAGAGAUCUUUAGGUCUCUUAAGGAACUCGAAUUAGGCUUAAAGGGAGAGCUAACUAUUUCAUCUGAAAUGGAGAACCUCAUGCAAUCACUUUAUAUGGACCAAGUUCCAGAAUCCUGGACCAAAUUAGCUUACCCAAGUCUAUGGGGUCUUCAAUCAUGGUUUGCCGAUUUGAUGUUGCGCUUGAGGGAACUUGAAGGAUGGGUAGCGGAUUUCAAGAUGCCAUCAUCUGUUUGGUUAGGUGGCUUUUUCAAUCCACAAAGCUUUUUAACUGCCAUUAUGCAACAGACUGCCCGCAAAAACGAAUGGCCAUUAGAUCGCAUGUGCCUCAAUUGUGAUGUAACCAAAAAAAGAAAAGAAGAAAUAAAUGCUCCACCUAGAGAGGGAGCUUACAUAAAUGGUUUGUUUAUGGAAGGAGCCCGGUGGGAUACUCAAAUGGGAACAAUUGCCACAGCUUUUAUGAAAGAACUUUUUCCAGCAGUGCCAGUGAUAUUUAUAAAGGCUGUCACACAAGACAAACAGGAUACGAAAAAUAUCUACGAAUGUCCUGUCUAUAAGAUACGAAUGCGAGGGCCAACAUUUGUGUGGACUUUCAAUUUGAAGUCCAAAGAAAAGGCUGCGAAAUGGACUCUUGCUGGUGUUUGUCUCCUUCUCCAAACAUAAAGAAGAAAAAGACAAUGCAAAUAUAUGUUUUCAUCCAUAUAUGAAGUUUUUAUAUUUAGCUGACAGAUAAUUGAAUUCUUAUAUUAUUUUGCUUGUUUAAUUAUUUCACUAGUUAUUAAAAAAUUGUAUCUUACUACAUUAACAUCUACAAUUUUCGAGGUUUGUACGGCCUUAAAUUUAUUUCUUAUGUCUCAAAACGUACAUUCAAAUGUUCUUAAUACAAAUAUUAUGUGAUUUGAAAAAUACAGAAAGAGCUAUGUUCCAAAAUAGAAAAAAAAUUGAUAU